AGAUGGAAACAAGAAAAAGACCUCACAGUAACAAACUUCACUUCAGCGGAGGACAUAAACUGUGAGAUAUUUUCCUCCUUGUUUCAUCUAUAGCUGGAUGGGCAAAUAAUCGUUAGACGCUGAUCAAGGAUUGAAGAACAAAACAAAAUAUUUCAUCCGCCUCCGAUGAAGGCAAAAUAUUGGUCCCAAGACUUGAACCAACCCUCGUACGCACAGAGGAAUUGGGAACACGGUCUUCACUUCAACAGCAUUAUUCCGCUUCGAUCUAACAUCCUUCUAAGCUGGAUUAUCCUUUCCAUUCACCAUUUACUUUAACGGCUCAACUUCCACAUCGGCGCUUUCUCAAGCAUCACCCCGCGACAUUCAAAAUCGACCUCACUUCCUAAGACCGCCCAAUAACCCGCCCCGCUCUAAAACCUCCAACACAUCCGAAAACCAGCUGGAGCCCACUGGAAACCUUAUUGGGCGCAGCCAUGUUUCACUGCGACUGCCCUCUAUCCAUCAAAUAUUGUUCUACUUUUCCUCCUCCACAAAACUGACCUUACGAAUUCCUCCAAAAGAAGCAUGAUUCACCUCUGUUGGCUCUGUGUCAUUAAAAAUAAUUCAUGUGGACUCCACAAAAAAUUCAAGCUCUGUGGAACGCUUCGCAGUCGCAUGACUGCCAUUUUCUUGGGGGGUGGAAAAUUGCUGGUUGAAGUGCACUGAGCCGAUGUGUGCAGGGGAUGGUGCAAUGCAGUUGAUUCGUCGUUUUGUACGUCGUUUUGAAGUUUUCCUAGCUCGAGGAUGACGCGACACGUCAGUGUUGCCACCGGCUCCAUAUAAUCCGAAAACUUUGGGAACUCGACGUUCAGUAUCCCUCGCAAGCUCGACCGAAACCAAGUGGUGUGUCGGCGUUAAGGCGGACGACGAGAGCAUUUCGUUUGAUCAAGUUGUUUUCCACCGGUCCAAAAUCGGAGAAGGAGGAAACGUCGUCAGCUUUUUGAAAGGACGCGUGAUACUCCAUAUAUACAUCAGCAUAUAGACAACUGCUGCUCUAUACAGUGGAUUUGCUAGCUGUACCUUCCAAAUAGCAGCAGGUGUUUCCCCGGGAAGCAGUAUAAAAGCUGGACAUUUUCCUCUGACGAUUCAUUGGCAUAUAUGGGAGGACUUUCAAUUCCCGGGGUGAUGAGAAUCCCCUAUCUCUUGUUGCUGUUGCUGAUUUCGGGAAGUAACGGCUCUGCCACAAGAAAUGAUAAAACCAGGGGAGACAUCAGCCGGGCCAUCAGCGAUCCAAAGGAUGGCCAAGCUCAAGGGAUUCUUGGGGCCGAAACAAAAACACAGGAAGGGUUACCAACACUCUCGAAUGGAAGGUUCCAAUCUAGGUUGGAAGGUGGCGUUUUGGAGACGAACAUCAGCACCCUGGCACCUUACGUAGCACUCCUUCGAGUACUGUUCCUGGAUGACAGCGGCCAUGACACGCUUGGACUCCUAAUUUCAAAGAGACAUGUCCUGUGUACCGUCGAGGCUCUCCUAGGAAGGAAAUGGACCGGCAAAGGCAAUGCAUUGAAGGACAUAAAAGGAAUAUAUGUCUAUCUUGCUGUAGGCACAAAUGAUGAGGAGGGCUUCCAAAACCUUCCACCUUCGGACAUCAUUUAUUACCCCAAUUAUAAUUCGUCUGGAAAGGUGAUUCCUGACGAUGACUCGGUGAAACGGGAGGUAGCCAUUGUGAAGCUGCCCUAUGAUUCCCGAACGAGCCCUCUUCCUAUUCAAUGCAACCCUGGAGUUAGGAUCGAGACUGAGGUUACAGCAGUCUUUGAUUGGGUUAAAGUUGGCAAGGGACGUGACUUGUUUAGAGCACAGUACCUUCGUGUGCAGUGUCCCCCAGCUUAUUUCAGCAAGGAUUCCACAAACUGUUUCCAGCUGUCCAACAUAAGCGCUUUUGAUGUGAAUGACAUGGGAAAUCUUGGAUCACCAGUCGUUCUCAAUUAUGGACAAGCGAAUGCCACAGCUGUGGCAAUCAAAGCAUACACUUUCAAUGUGACUGCAACAGAAACGAUGAUGGCAGCUGCAAGCUUUAGUGACCCUGAAGUUUGGAGCUUUGUUUGUCAGUAUGCAGAAAAAUGCAUUGGUGGCCCCACAACCACAACAUCAGUCCCAUCCACCACAACAUCAGUCCCAUCCACCACAAAAUCAGUCCCAUCCACCACCACAUCAGUCCCAUCCACCACAACAUCAGUCCUAUCCACCAGCACUCCACUCAUCCCCACGACCACUCCUACUGGAGUUAUCAAGAAUACUACCAGCCAAAAAGUAAUGAAAACACCUCCAGGACCUGACUCGCAACCUCCUCCUCCGCUGGGAAAAUGGGCGAAGUUUAUGCAAUUCAUUCGCGGCCUUUUUGCCUAA